GCCCUUCCAAGGGCAAACAGCCGGUGAAACGGCUUGCACCCAAGAAACCUCCUCCAACUCUGUCCUCAUCGGAUGAUGAGGAUGGCCCUAGUAGGCAGGAGUUGAUGGAGCGCAUGGCCGCUCUGGAAAAAAGGGCAGCGGGUUUGGCAGUGGGUGGAGAUUUACCUCAGCCACGUAGGGGUGCGAAACGAGUCGCAAAAGUGGGAUUUAACAAAGAAUUUGCCUCUCGUCUGUUGGCACUAGAGAAGAUGACAGCCCUGAGUACAGGGGAACCUAGCUCCAGUCAUCAUCAUCAUCCUACUGCGCCUGAAGCGGAAGGAGAAGGCUAUCUGCCUGGGCCUGGGGACUGUGGACAGGUGGCUGUGGCGGUGGACUCUCCUCUGGCUGAAGGUGCCGUGUCGGGCCAUGAGAGGAGGAGGAUCCUGAUAUGUGGCCACAGCAUGGUGUUUUGGGCGGCCAAUCAAGCUAAGAACACGCCGAUUGGAUCCCAGUUGGGCCUGAGUGCUGUGGCCACAGUGGAGUGGCAGGGACGGCGGGGCCUCAGGUGGCCGGGCCUCUUGCCUCUCCUGUUUAGGGGGCGGUUGCAGCCGCCCCCGCACAUUGUGGUCAUCCACCUGGGUGGGAAUGACCUUGGCAUGGUACAGGGUAAGGCCCUGUCAGUGCAAGUAGCAGUGGACCUAGCAUACAUAAACGACCGAUGGCCUGGUGUGCUGGUUAUAUGGUCCGAGAUGCUACAACGUCGAGUUUGGCGGGAGGCUUUGAAUCCCAAGGCUAUUGAGAGGGCCCGCCGUAAGACCAACCAUGACAUCAGGAAGGCCUUGGGGCAGGGCUUGGGCAUUUAUCUGCCACACCCCAGGAUUAGGGCCGAAUUUGCCAACCUCUACAGAGGAGAUGGUGUCCAUAUGUCACCUGAGGGCAAUGAGUUAUUUUUAGAUGACCUGCGGCAAGGGCUUCGGGUGGCGCUAGGCCACCUGUGGGGCGCGAGGGUCUAAGCAGAGGCUUGACCCUUGCGUUGGCAGGAGUUUUUGGGAAUAGGGUGCGGGCUGGUGAGCCCCUGUGGCAUUCCCCAAGGUUGGGGAACAGGGUCUGCUGUUAGGGCGGUAUGCAUGGGCGGCUACCGUCAGGGAGGGCAGACGCCUGAGGGGAUCCCCGGGAACAAGACCUCACCUCAUGCUUGGCGGCUGGGGCGCAACAGGUGCUUGAGUGGGAUCCCAGGGCCUAGCUGGCCGGGUUGCAGCCAUUCAGGAGAUGGCCUACACCCGGGGCAUUGGGGGCUCGCCCAGACAGGCAAGGCGGUGGUCAGGUGCUGACCCCAGGGCUUGACCUGUACCGCUCAGUUAGCCCUUGCCGAAUGUUAUUGUUAUGGUCAUUUAAUAAACGGCCCUUUUAUCCAAGCCUGUGUCUGUCUCUUACUUCCGACUGGGGGUACAAUUCGGCUCUCCCAGCCGCGGCUCGCCGCGUAAGCUGGGAGCCGGCAAUUGGAGCCCUUGGAAGGAGAAGGAGGCAGACUCCCUCCCUCUCCAUCCGGGUUCUGGGAAGGGGCGGAGCUUGGCGCUUUUGUGCGCGUUCUGCCCCUUCCCGGCGUCAGAUUUUUCAAGCGCUCGGCCCACCCACCUCACCCUGUUUUUAGUGCAGGAAUAGCCGGCUGCUAUUUAUGGGCCAGGUAGGAAUUUUUUCCCUCCUUCCCUGAUUGGCGUUGUGGAAGGGGGGUUUUUCGCCUACCUUGCACUAAUGGCGGUGGUAUGAGUAUUGUUGGGUUUAGCCGUCGGUGAUAGUGGCAGGAGUUUUUGGGAAUAGGGUGCGGGCUGGUGAGCCCCUGUGGCAUUCCCCAAGGUUGGGGAACAGGGUCUGCUGUUAGGGCGGUAUGCAUGGGCGGCUACCGUCAGGGAGGGCAGACGCCUGAGGGGAUCCCCGGGAACAAGACCUCACCUCAUGCUUGGCGGCUGGGGCGCAACAGGUGCUUGAGUGGGAUCCCAGGGCCUAGCUGGCCGGGUUGCAGCCAUUCAGGAGAUGGCCUACACCCGGGGCAUUGGGGGCUCGCCCA